AUGGGGAAUCAAACAAACUUCACAUCUGGACCUGUCAAUCAUGUCAAUGAACAAGACCAUAAACAUUCGUCGCCCGUCCGGCGCAUGGCCGAUUUCCGGGUCCUCCCUCUCCUUGUACUGGGCUUUGCAGUCUAUCAAUUAGACCGGACCAAUAUCGCCAGUGCACUGACCGGAGGUUUCGCAUCCGCCAUCUCGGUGAACCAAAACACAAUCAAUCUGGGAAACCAGCUUAUGUUUCUGGGAGUCAUCGUCUUGGAAAUACCGUCAAACAUGGUUCUCCAACGGGUCGGACCACGGUACUGGAUUAGUGCGCAGGUCUUCAUAUUCGGGGUCAUCGCUUCCCUGCAGAUUUUCGUCCGAGAUAGGACAGGAUUUCUCCUCACAAGAUCGAUACUCGGUCUAGCAGAAGCCGGGUACAUUCCUGCGGCCAUGUACACUUUGUCAACUUGGUACACGAAGGAAGAGUUGACCAAACGCAUUGCCAUCUUUUUCUUCGGUAUGUUUGGAGGAUCGGCCGUGUCUCCGCUUCUUGGCGCGGCGCUGUUGAAGUUGGAUGGGAAGGGGGGACUAUCGGGUUGGCAAUGGAUCUUUUUAUUGGAAGGAAUAUGUUCUGUCGUUGUGUCUAUUCUACUAAUCUCCCUGCUCCCGGAAAGGAAACAGGAAACCCCCGAACAGAGCAUCUCCUCUGACGAGGAAAGCGUUUCUAAAUCAGAGACAUGGAACAAAACAGCAAACGAGACUGUCUCUCUCGAUGUUGUAUGUAAGACAUUCACAAACAUAUACAAAUGGCCCCAUUUCCUUGCCACAGCUUGCGUCUUUGCGACAUGGAGUCCGCUCACCACUUACACCCCGAGCAUCAUCAUGUCACUUGGAUUCUCCAGGAUAAAGGCAAACACUCUCGCUGCGGUAGGAAGUCUGAUUACACUCCCAGUUAUUGUAUUUUUUGCUUGGUUGAGCGAUAAGACCCGAAAGCGCGGUCUCAUUGUCAUGCUUGCAAUUGUAUGCUAUCUCAUCCCGCUUGUUAUUUUGAGAUCUGUCCAGCCUCAUGUGGGUAAGUGGAGUCGAGUUGGCCUGUGGACAGCGGUCAAUGGUUUUGCUGUGGGGUACCACCCCAUCCAUAAUGCGUGGAUCCAGGUCAACUGCAGGAGUCCGGGUGAGCGGAGUAUUAUUGUCAUGUCCGCCACUGCAGGCCUCAUGGCUGGUACCCAGAUUUUCCGCAGCGACGAGUCAGCAGAGUUUUAUCCUAGAGGGUUGCUGAUCAUGAUUAUGCUGGUCCUGUGCGGUCUGGCUCUGGUUGCACUGCAGAGCUGCAUUUACUUUGUCAAGAACCGUUCUAAUAGUGACUCGGGCCAAGAGACCUAG